AUGAGAGGGCUACGGUGCCGUGGCUUGCCUGGGAACCGCGUGGAGAGGACCCCAACUGGGGGACAGAGCCCAGGGUGGACCCCCUCUAGGGGAAAUGGGGAGUCAAACCCUUCAGAAGGCUAAGUGAUGGACUCCAGGAGCUCCCAGCCAGGGGAGCGAGACGUGACAGAGGCAGGGGCUGCGCAGGAACUUCGGUGGGUGGAGCUGGGCUCCGAGGAGGCCCUGGGAGCCGGGACAGAAGGUCCCAGUGCCCCGCAAGCCGGGGGGCGCCUGCUGCAAGCCGUGUGGUGGGGUCAUCUGGGCCUGGCAACAAAGCUACUGCGUCAAGGGGCCAGUGUGGAGGAGAGGGACCACACGGGCAGGACCCCGCUCCACCUGGCCGUGCUGCGCGGCCACGUGCCCCUGGUGCGUCUCCUGCUGCGGCGCGGGGCGGCGGUGGCAGCUGCCGACCGAGCGGGGCGCACACCUCUCCACGAGGCCGCCUGGCACGGGCACUCGCGGGUGGCCGAGCUCCUUCUGCGGCGCGGGGCCCCCGCGGCGGCGCGCUCGGGGGCCGGCCUCACGCCGCUGCACUGGGCCGCGGCGCUGGGCCGCACGCUGCUGGCGGGGCGCCUGCUGGACGCGUCGGGACCGGGCCCCGCGGCGGCGGACGCGCGCGGCUGGACGGCGGCGCACUGGGCGGCGGCGGGCGGCCGGCUGCCGGUGCUGGAGCUGCUGGCGGCGGAGGGCGCGGGCCUGGACGGGGCCCUGACCGUGGCGGCCGCGGCCGGGCGCACGGCUGCGCUCCGCCUCCUCCUGGCGCGCGGGGCACGGGUGGACGCCCGGGACGGCGUGGGGACCGCGGCGCUCGGCGUAGCGGCGAGCCUGGGCCGCAGGCAGGACAUGGAGGUGCUGCUGGACCACGGGGCAGACCCCAGCCUCAAGGACAGGCACAGUCGCUCUGCACUCCACAGGGCUGCUGCCGGGGGACACCUGCCCGCUGUCCAGCUGCUAGCAGUCUGGGGAGCAGAGGUGGAUGCUCGCGACUCGCUGGGCCUCACACCUCUACACCACGCUGCUCGGGGAGGCCACGCAGAGGUGGCCAGCCACCUCCUAGACAGGGGAGCGCAGGUCAAUGCUGCUGGAUGGCUCCACAAGACCCCCCUUCACCUGGCCAUGGAGCAUGGCCACAGCCCCACUGCAGAGCUUUUGCUGAGCCGAGGGGCUAGCCCCACCCUGAGGACACGAUGGGGUGAAGUGGUCCAGGACCUGCUGUCUGAGGGGGCCUGCCCUAGGCACUGCCCACCCUAUGCAGAGAGGAGUGGGAGGGGCGCAGAGCCCCAGAGGCCCAGAGCUGGACAGAAGUCUUCUGGCUCCCACGGUCUUCAGUGUGCACCAGUUCCUCUCUUGUGGACCGAGGCUGCCUGCCUCCCUGAGGGGAGGACAGCAGAGAGGUUCCCAGGAGAGAAGGGGGGCAGUGCCUUGAGCUCCACUAAUGGACCUGGGACUGCUCCGCAGCCCCCUGGGAUCACAUCUCCCCUGCAGCUGCAGCCUCCUCCACACACUGCUUUAGCAGAGACCGAGUCGUGGCAACAGAUUUGACUGACACCUGACAGUCUCCCGUGUCCACCAUGGGGUUGUCACCCUCAGCUGCUCUUGCUGUGACACGGGGACGUUCUUACUGUGUUUCGUUCAUUAUAUCUGGUAUUUGCCUGUUG